AUGUCUGUCCCACCAACUGUGACAGUCGACACACAAGCACAUCUUCAUUCCAACGAUACACAAGAAACUGUUAGCUUUGCGAGCCCCUCCAAGAUCCGUCGACGAGCCUCCCAAGGAUCCCUGCGGACUAGACCUUCACCAGUCUCCCGGUUCCUUUCGAAGAGCUCCGUGGCCGUCAACUUUCCUUCGUGGGAACACCGCAGUGCCUCCGGCUCACGGGAAUCCCGUCCCCGAUCGGCUGAUUCUCGUCUCCGUCUCUCUACCACUGUGUCUCGCGGGCCGAGACCCUUGACUGCCUCUCCGGCCUGGAGUUCUCCUCCCGCGUACCAGUCGGAAUACCCCUCCACAUUGCCUCCCACCCCGCCAGAAGACGAUAUCCACGUUGCCUGGAACCCCAAGUCCGAUAUGUUGUUGUUCAAUGCGCACCCGCAUCAGCAUCCGACCUCCAUGAAGAUGAUGGACAAUGGACCGGGUGUGGAUCACUCCUCCACCAAUGGUGCUUCAGAUACACUGAGUAGUCCAGAUGGACUCUCCCACGGCUCCUCCAGUUCUGGGGGUAGUCCUGGACCUCACGAUGAGAUGGACUGUCAGCAGGACAUUGGCUCAUGGCUGGAUCAUGGCAUCAACUUGACUGCAUCCUCACUUGGUUUUGCCAACCCUCGAGGCGAGGCCGUCAAGAUCGUCUCCCAAACUCUUCCUUAUCCCCGCACAUCCGAUCAGUCCGUGUCACUACCGAAGACCGAUAGUGUCUUCUGCUCCAUGGUCCAGGCCGUGCACAACCACCUCCAACCGGGCCAAUCACCAUAUAUCAAUGUCACCCACGCAGUUCCUGAGCAGUUCAGUUUGUCGAACUUGCCUCAUUCUCCUCCUAGUACUCCUCGCUCUCCUACUGCCGCUGAAGAAUAUUUCAAUGCCACUGUAUUCUCCAGCGCAGCAGUCGUUAGUGCAUACCACGAUUACCGUGGGCCUCUCCAACGGCAAAUGUCCCACACUCCCAUGCCCAUCGUUCCUCCUCACAGUGUACACAUCUCCGUGCUCGAGCGCUAUCUCCCUCCUCCCUCCGCGCAGGAGUACCGCGAUGUAUUCUGCCCCACCCGUCCCUCAUUCCUGGUCGACCGAAUGAGCGAGCUCUCGCCAAACGGUGGAUCUCUCCUCUUCGUGUACCCAACCAAGAAGGGUGCUUCAACCUUCAAAUCCCAAUAUCUGGGACCCAUUCUCGACCCUCUGCUCCGUCAACUCGUGGUGGUGAACGAGUUGUCAGCAGAUGUGGGCCGCUACCUCGGCAAGCUCAACACGGUCUCGCAGAUGGACGACUUUGCCACAAUGAAAGCAAACAUCGUAGCUCUCUGCGAAGCUUUGAGCUCGCCCUCCUCCAAAUUCCAAGUUGCAGACGCAGGCCGCGGAAGCACCCACCUCGACCGCAAUCUUUGGGCCGAGUGGUUCAUCCACCAGGAAAAGGCCCGCAUGAAGGAAGUCCUCAACCUGUACUGGCAGAACGGCCGCCGCCACCCGAACAAAUCCAUGAGCUUAGGUGGCAUGUCCGGAAAAGAAAUUUCACCCGCCAUGCUCCUCAGCGAGAUCUUCGACGGCAUCCGCAAGCGACGCUAUUGUGAAGACAGCGAGCCGCGCGACGGAAUCGAGCUCGGCGUGUUCGUCAUCCGUCGCACGAACUAG